GGAACCAGUCAUUGUCAAUAAGCAGUGAUUGGUCAGAGACUACAUUUCUAUGGCAACCACUCUCCAAUCAGGAGUGAGCAUGUUGGAAGACCACACCCCUUCCACUGAACGUGGGAUUAAAAGAAUCUGUCAAUCAAGAACUUCUAACUUUUGACAUGACGCCACCUACUUUUAGUGAGGCAUCUGAUUGGUUAAUUUAAACUUGAAUAAUUUGAACUUCAGAAAAAAAUAUUUGUAAAAAAAAAUAAGUAUCAGAGCAAGAGUGGUUAGUUUGAUCAAUAGAAUGACUGAGUAAUAGCACUUUAUUUUAUCUAAAGAAGUCUAUGGGAUUACUUCCUGGUACUAACGCCAGGGGGCGGAGUCGCUCAGUCCAGUUCCUUAUAAUCGGUUAAUAUUGAGGCACACAGUUAGUUUGCAAACACUCAGCGGGGAAACAGCGCCCCCGCGUGUCCGUUUUCGGUACCGCCACAGAAACUCUUCUUCCGGAACUGUUGUGAAAGGAACAUUAACUCUUUUUGAAAUGGCGGCAGCCACUGUUCGCUGCUGGGCUCUGUGCGCAGCGUCUCUGCUCAACUCGCUGUUUGUGUUCAUCUCCGGCGCAGACUUCAUUCGCUUCGUAUCGUUUCGAGCCAUUUACCACAACAUCACCGGAGAGACGCCGUUCUGUCAGGACACCAUCCCGUGGUCUGUGGCUCUUUCGGAUGCCUCAGUCCUGAAGUCUCUUCUGGUGAAUCUGUGCCUGCUGGCUCUCUUCAUCACACAGCACAGUCUGCUUGCCUGGUCUCCGGUCAAACAGGCUCUGCAGUCAGUGCUGGGGCCCCUCAACCGGACUGCAUACUGUUUUACCACAGCUCUGGCCCUCCAGGUCUUGAUGCGCCAGUGGCAGCCCGUGACCGGCGCCCCCUGCCUGUGGUCGGUGCGGCACCCCCCCUGGAGCGUCUGGUUCCCCCUGCUCUGCUUCACGCUGCACUUCCUUUGCUGGGCCAUCAUCUGCAGCAUCCUCAUGAUUUUUGAUUAUCCAGAACUUCUGGGAAUCAAGCAGGUGUAUUAUGACUGUCUCAGCUUGGGGGACCCCCUGUCCCACAAACCCUCUCGGGCGCGGCGCCUGCUGUCUCACUACCGCCACCCGGUGUGCGUGGAGCUGGCGGUGGUGCUGUGGCUGCUGCCCGCCUUGUCUCUGGACCGGCUGCUGUUGGCGGGGACUCUGUCGGCGUACCUGGCUGCGGCGCACUCUCUGGACAAACAGGACUUGGCUUACGUCUGCGGGCAGAUUAGCGGCGGGCUGCAGCUCCUUUCAGAGCCGCACGGCGGCGGCGCAGCCCAGCGGGAAGACAACGACUACAAGGAGAAGUGAGGUCAAAGUCAGGAUUUGACCUUUCUGACCUUUCAUCACUGUCUGUUCUGUUAAAACGGGCCGGGAGGGAAUUUUCAUUUUUUUUAAACAUUUCAAACUAAAACAGAAACCAUAAAAGAAAAUAAAUAUGUGAGAAUAAAAUCAUAAAGUUAUGAGAAAAAGUCAAAAUUUUACAGAAAUAAAGUCAGAAAUUUAUGGUUUAAAAAAAAUCAUGUUUUUUUUUAAAUAAAAUAGCUUUUAAAAUAUUUCAGAGACAAUUAAACACUAAAUGGAGUAUGGAGCAGGACAUCACACUGCUCAAAAUUCUCACUAAAUCAACUUUACUUUUUUGUCCAACUUUAUUUUAACUUUAUUUUUGAAAAAGCUUCACGUUUAUGGAGUGAUUUUUGUGCCAUUAUAUUGCAAGCAAAAGUUACAGUUUUGAGAUCAAAAUUUUCU